AUGAUAUUUUCAAUUUUCAAAUUUCGCUUUGGCACAAUAUAAACAAAUUUCCCUAAACUUUCCUUCAAGGUUUUAGAUUUUCAGACAAUGAAGGAAAGAAAUCCAACUCUUCUUUCUGACUCAGACAUAUAAACAUUAAGCAAGAUGCAUUCAUUAAAUUCAACAUGGAAGAUUACUCCAUAAAAAUUGUAUAGAGAAAUCAAGUUCAACAAUUUUAAGGAAGCCUUUUCAUUUAUGAAUUAAGUGGCUAUUUUUUCAGAAUAAAUCGAUCAUCAUCCUGAUUGGGAGAAUGUAUAUAAUUUAGUUAAGAUUAAUCUGAACACUCACGAUAUCGGGGGUAUAUCUAUUAAGGAUAUUUUCCUGGCUUAUGCAAUAGAUACAAUAGCAAUGAAUGUAAGAGUGAAAUCUGCAGAAUCAACCAACGACACUCGUAUUUUAGAGGUAGCCAAAAUUGCAGAAUCUUGGAAUUUAAAUUUUGAUCAAUUUCAUAGAAUGAUUGAAACAGAUUCUAGAUAAAUAUGA